AUGUCAGGAGGCGGAGCUUCCAGGUUUGACAGGGUGAGAGCGAUCCCACAUUAUGACCAGGUCCCUGUUGGCUCUUUAAUGAGGGACCAGGAUCUCCCUCCACCCCCACUACCCCUGCAUGGACCAGUACCAGCUGUCAGUUUGGACCCCCUCCCUCCUCCCCCUCUACCCUCAGAUCCAGCUGUUGGUCCAGACUCCUUCUACCCCCCCAGCGAUGAUGAGCCAGCAGAGGCUGACAUCGACGCCAUGGACAUCAAGCCCGUUCACCGCUUCAUCCCUGACUCUGUCAAGAACUUCUUCCGUGGAAACAGCGGGAACAGCGCCACCAAGGGUUGGACUAUCCCCCCUCCUCCAUCUGACUCCCCUGCCCCCUCUUCCUUGAAAGGCACCACCUGUCACACCACAACAGGAGUCCCCUGCUCACCUCCACACUCCGCCCCUCCCUCUCCAUCUCUCCCUGGCUCCUACAGGGACCCCUAUGGAGGCUCAGGGGGCAGCUACACCUCCCAGAAAGAGCGUGAUGGGUUGCUGCUGGGAGCGGAAGCUAUUGACUCUGCCUCUGCCGUGCCCACCAACUUGUCAGCCCUCACCUACCAGGAGCGAGUGGAGGAGUACCACCAGCGCUAUGCCUACAUGAAGUCAUGGGCGGGGCUGCUGAGGAUCCUGGGCUGCGUGCAGCUGCUGCUAGGGGCUGCAGUGUUUGCCUGCGUCUGUGCUUACAUUCACAAAGACAACGAGUGGUUCAAUAUGUACGGAUACUCUCAGCCACAGCUGUUUGGAGGACUGGGUGGAGGAGCUGGGGGGUAUGGGUAUGGAGGAGGGUAUUACACAGGCCCUAAGACUCCGUUUGUGCUUGUGGUGGCUGGUCUGGCAUGGAUUGUGACAGUAAUUCUGGUGGUGCUGGGGAUGAGCAUGUACUACAGAGCCAUCCUCCUGGACUCAUCCUGGUGGCCCUUCACAGAGUGCGCCAUCAACCUGGUGCUAGCGGUGCUCUACCUGGCAGCAGGGAUUGUGUACGUCAGGGAUACCACUCGAGGGGGCCUCUGCAACAUGCCCGUCUUCAACAACGGCGUGAAUGGAGCCUUCUGCCGCACAGAGGCCGGACAGACAGCAGCCAUAGUCUUCCUCUUCAUCAACAUGGUGCUGUACUUCAUCAGCGCAAUAGUGUGUCUGAAACUGUGGAGGCACGAGGCAGCGAGGAUGAGGAGGGAGGCACUCUCACAGGAGGUCUGACACACAUCUCUGUCUUCUAUCUUUCAAGUCCCAUUCAAUAAUGAACAGGUUUUUCCUUAUCUUGAAAUGAUUUUAUAGCUAUCCCCCAGUCUAGCAAUCUUGGGAAUGAGAGAGAGAGAGAAAGUCUCUGCAUUGAUUCUGUAGCCUCCGUACUGGGAAUACCAAGCUUUUUCUGGGUGACCACAGAAAAACCACACUCAUUCCUGUGACAUCCAGCAUUGUAUGUCACUGAGGCAAUUAAAUAAAUGAUUAAAAGUGUCCAGAUAAUUUGGAUUUUGUGGGGCCAUAUAGCUGUGUGCCAUCUGCAUAUAAAUGAAAGGAGACACCAUGAAUCAGAAUACUCUUGCGUGUUAACAGAGAACAAAAGAGAGCUUAGAGAAGAUCCCUGAGGUACACCACAAUAGAAAUCCGAAACAGAUUAAAUGGAGUUUAAUGAGACUAUUGAAAAAGUUUGGUUAUACAGUUAUGAAUGUAGAAGUUUUGAGGCUGUUCCAUCAAGGCUGGCUGAGGUUUCAAGACAGCUUAGAGGGUUAAGAAAACCCUUAAGUUAUCCCACAGUGGGUACAUUUACAAGGAUAGACUUGACAACGGUGACAAAAGCAAUAGUAAAACAAGAUUGUUAAGUACUGGGGCUCUCUCUGUAUUGUAACAAGAUCAAAAACCAGACUAAGAAUCACUAAAUUGUCUUAAAUUCUCCUUCUCAAACACUAAGGAUAAAAAAGGGAGUUUGCAAAAGGGUCUGUAAUUGUUGAGUAAUAAUGUUAUAGCAAAUGUUUGUGAAUGUGAAGCUAUCUUAUAUCCUCUUGUCCCACUGAUUUCGUUAAAAACUGAUGGCAUCCAAACAUCAUAACAUGGUUUAACAUACGUAAGACAUAAAUGUAGAUGUUAACCAGGAUAAAUUUCUUUCAAUUUAGUUUCUUAGUUAAUGUGAUCUGAUAACUUUUGUGUGAUUCUGAUAAAUCACUUCUCAUCUCUCCAUCUCUUGACUGAACAGAUGAAAACAAUCGGAUCAUCAGUCCCUCUGCCCAUUGUAAGUAUCGGCUUUUGAACAUCUCUGCAGAUAUGAAACUGCACACAGUGUAAAUAGGCUAAAAACAGGACUGUGUUUUCACAGCUUGGUCCAGACUCCUCCAGAGCUUCAGAGCAGACUCCUCUGCCCACCAUGCAGCCAGACAUCAUGGAUGGCACUAACAGCUCCAUAAACGUUCCUUUGAUGGCGCCAGAGAUCCUCCGAGGUCACAUCCCGGCCGGACACAUCCCCAAACCUGUGGUCAUAGCAGACUAUGUGGAGUAAGUGUCACCUUAAGCCUCACAAGAGUGAAUGCUUUGAGCUUCCUGAGCUGAUGAUCUUCCUUGCAGCAGAAUUCUGCAUCCGAAACAGUUUAGUGCAUCUCAUGUUGGAGCCUUUGUCUGAUUGACGGAGACUCUUAGUUUCAACUGAAGUAGUCCUCAAAAUCCACCAGACCUCCACAGUCAGAUGGUGUACAUGUUAAGAUAAGACUUAAAGCUCUGAAAGUAUCCUAUCAUCUGUCUUUAGAGAAACUCAAACAUCCUUGGCAGGCUAUGAUGGUAAACUGAAGCUCAGAGACACAUUGACCUGCAGUGAAGCAGAUGUGACUCUUCCUGUCUGUUUUUUUACAGUAAAUACCGCGCCAUCCGUUCAGACGAGCAGAGGGAUCAGUACAGAGCUGUGUUCAAUGAUCAGUAUGCCGAGUACAAGGAGCUGCACGCUGAGGUCCAGGCCAUGAGCAAGAGGUUCGAGGAGAUGGACGAGAUGAUACAGAACCUUGCUGCCUCGCAGCCUACAAGCCAGAUGGUACGACUGUCACUGCAUGCCAUGGAAAUACUCACACAGGAAUACAUAGACAAAACCAACAUUAACACACACUGACACACUCUGAAUCUCUGUUUGCUAACAUGCUGAUUUUGUUUUAGGAGAAAGAGCGGAUCAACGGCAUUUUAAUGGAGUACCGGAGAAAGAAAAAUGUAAGUAUGAAUCCUAAUUUUCGACUUUUCAGAAGCUGUUUCUUUGAUGGAGUCCAAGCACAGGUUACAGUCUUGUUCAUUUUUUGUUGACGUCUUCAGAGCCUCUGUGUAAAAAAAAACGUAUCCCUCUGUAUUUCACCUGUCCUGAGUUUUUCUCUGUUCAUACUCAAAGUUUUUGGAUUCAAGCUUUUUCCGAUUACUUUGUUAUUUAUCAAGAGUCUUGCUUUCAAUAGUAAUUAAAACAUAAAUAUAUAGAUAAAGAAAAGGGACAGUUAUUGAGCCUUUUUGUCCUGAACAUGCAUGGGUUGAAUCAGAAGCAUUUGUGAUCAUACUAUCUUCUUUUAUCAUCUUUUUAUAAUUUGUGAUCAAAGCACAGAAAUAGCUGAAUAUGAAAAUUUGUCAUAAAACCAUCAUCUAUGUAUUUCUAAUGAUGUGUUUGUGAAGCGUUCAAGUAUUUCCUGUUUAUAGUGAAACUGAGACUCGUCAAAUACAGAUCAACAGUAUGUCAGAGUUGAGCCUCUUUUCUACGCUAAAAGUUUGACUCACCUCAAACAAACGAACAGAUGCUCUUCAAGGGGGAUGUGAUGAACCAAUAAUGGACAUUAUUUAUUCUUAGAUAUGUUUGGAGGAGUGGUUUCAUUUCUGAAGUUGUUUAUUUGACUGUAAACAAUGCUCUCUCAGUAAUCUUCCACAUGACAAGAAACAGGUUAAAAAAAAAACCUUUGUCAUACCAGCCUUGAACAAUGGGAAUUACUCACGCUGUUAUUAAAAUCAAUGAGCCACUCUAUAAGAAUGUGAACACGUCACCUCCACCUGCUGAAACUAACAGUGAUGAAACCUCAUGGGAAAAAAAAGAAAGAAAAAAAGAUCAGAUGUCAGAUGUUACAACACUUUUAUACUAUUAAGGGUGCCUUGAGACGGACCAUAAACAAAUGUUUGUUUAUUAAAUGGAUAGCAGCUCCAAAAAACCUGUACAUAUUAUAAAUCAUUAAUGCAGCCUUCCCACAUGUGUAAGUGACCUUUGCCAUGGGCUGUCAUGCAUCCCUAAACCAUCAGGGAUGCUGGCUUUUAAGCUGCACAGUGAUAACUAGCUGUGUGGUUCCUUUCUUUUUUAGAGCAAAAGAUGUGGCAUCCAUAAUUUCUAUAAAGAGAGUCCAAUUUUGAUUGGUUGGACCACAGGAAAGUUUUCUGCUUUGCCUUAGUCUAUUAACUUAUCAGUCUUUGUUUGUCAUUUUUAAUGUUAGUCUCCUUCAUAACCUGUUGAAUUCUGUUUUUAUUAAGAUUUACAAACUUUUUGGUAUUGAGGUGGAGAUUUGAGGAGUGGUUUAGCUCUCUAUGAUUAUACUUGAAUGCUGUUUUACCUUCAAUUACCAUCCUUGUUUUUUUAACUUUUCCUGACUUUUUAAAACUGAAAAUAAAAAAAACAAAUGUGAUAUGAUAUUCUUUAUUUACCCAAGAAACAACAAAAACCAACAUAAACAUUCAACUCCUGUGUUUUUUUUUUCAGGACCCAGCAUACCUGGAAAAAAGGGAGAGGUGUGAGUACCUGAAAAACAAACUCUCUCACAUCAAGCAGAAGAUCCAGGAGUACAACAAAGUGGCAGACUGGAAUGACGAAAACUAAACCCAACCCCAGAUUAACAAAAACACACCUUCAUUUCAUAUGCAGCUCCAAAAGAAAAGACUCAUUACUGUGUGUGGUAGAGAACAAAUGAGACUAAGACUAUCCCUACCAAACAACAGGUGCCAUAAAAGCCAACAAACUCACUGAUUGUAGAUAUGCUUUAGGUACAAAUAUGGUUAAAAAGCUAACAGAG